UUUGUUGGUGUGAAAAUAUGUUUAUGUUAACUAGCCAUCUGCUUAUUAACUUAACUACUAACUUAGUAAGUCCAGCAUCCAGUAUGUACAGUAGUUUAGCAUUAGUCUCCAUUAGGUGGUUAAGAUGGCAUCCUUCAAGGGUUACCACAAGAAAAAGCAAGCCUCAAAGCUCGGCAUGGUUAUCAGCGGCCUGAGGAAGGAGAACGCCUCACUGAAGAAGACUUUGGCUGAAAUGACCGAUCAACACUCAAAACAUAAUAAGCUAAUCGAGAGAUUUCUCUGUACUGAAGCUACCUGGUUGGAAAGUUUAAGGCAGCUGAUGACCAAAAAUGAGAAGCAUCCUUUGCCACCAGAGCAGGGUUCUGCUUCAGAUGAAUUGGCCUCGACCAACAGUGUAAUAAAGCUCCAAAAUCUCCUCACUGAUGCCUUGGAGAAGAACAAGCAGUGGCUGGAAUAUGACCAGCAGAGAGAGGCCUAUGUGAGGGCAAUUCUGGCCAGAAUGUCAUGGCUGGAGAAGCAGUUGGACGAAGCCAAUCAGUCCCGCUCACAGCAGCACAAUGUGGACCAUUCAGAUGGUGAGCCAGAAGGACAGUGGGCAGCGGGCACUCACAACUGGGGCAACAAGGGCAACAGACUGUCACAACAAGAGAAGGUGCAAAUAAGCGAGACGCAGGAGCACUAUGAAAAGCUUUUACAGAAAACAAAAGAUGUGCUGGAGGUGCACAGGGAGCAGGUGGACAUAACCCACCACGAACUGAUAAAAACCCAAAACUGGUGCAAGGAAAUCGAGAGUGAGGUGGAGGAGCUCAAGCAGCAGUUCUGUGCUGAAAAACUGAGCAAAGAAGGUGCACCAGAAGAUGAUCAUGGCACUGAGGAUGAAGAACAACAAGUAAAGGAUGAGAUCAGUGACCUCCAAAACAGACUAGAUCAGGAGAAACGUAGGUCGGCCAACCUUGAGAUCAAGAUUUCUUCACAAGACCUUGAGGGUGAGAGGCAGGAUUCUUCAUAUUUAAAGAGGCAAUCUAUGAGAGUUCUGAAGACCCUAAAAAAAAAAAUCGAUCGUGUGACAGAACAGAGAGACAAGCAGGAUCACAGCUCGUGUGAAGUGGCACACCCACAGCCCGUGUCCUCUGGAGAUGUCCUGACAUCCUCCCCUCCCACCAGCUUGCUGAAUGAAAGCUUCCUGGAGUGCCCCAGCUGCCAUGCCGAGUAUCCUGCCAGUCACUACCAAGAGCUGAUAAACCACAUAGAAAUCUGUCUAGACUGAGCUGAGCAGGCUUCUUCAGUUCUGUAUCUUCUGUAAUAUGGAUUUUACGUAUACUGUGUAACCAGAUGUUCAAGUUAUUCUAAUAAACUACAGUGUCGAGUUGCUGA